UUGCCCAGCGGAAUUAGUUGGAUUAUUUUUCGCAAUUUUCACCGUCUGAUAACACUGAUUUUUUUCCUUGCUUUAUUUAAGAUAACAUGCAGUGUGUCAUAGCGAAUGGAUUUGUCAUUUUGUUCAAUUCUUCAUAAAUCAAAUUAAACUCGCCGCAAAUACACGUAAAAAUCAUGUAGAGCGCAUAGACGCCAAGUUUGAACACCCCGCAGCCAGCGAUGUCGAGGCAAGGGAGACAAUUCUUGCUGCUGCUCUGGAAGAACUCUCUGCUUCAGAAGCGGAAGGUGAUAACCACGGUCUUCGAAAUCGGAUUGCCUACGUUCUUUGCCCUCAUCCUUAUUUUCAUCCGCCUCAGGGUGACAGGCGAGAUGAAAGAGAAAACGGUAUGGGGAGAGUGCAGCGGAUGGAAACAACUUUCUUCGAAGCUACCGCACAAUCUAAGUUUUACCCCUGACAACGAGAUCACACGUAAAGUCAUGCGUCACGUUGUUAGUCAGCAAAUAGGAAUCAUCGGUUCACAUGGCUGUAGUUCUGAAGAUGAAAUGGUUCGCUUUUUGAUGUUUGAAAAUUCCACCGUCAACAACACAAGAGAUUAUCUAGCGGGUGUCGUGUUCACUAACAGUUUUUCUGGAAACGGUUCCAGUUUACCCAAGAAUAUCGUGUAUAAGCUCCGAUUCUCGUCAUCGCCACGCAAUGCUAAGAAGCAGAAAAUUGGACUAAAUCCAUACCGUAUGAACACCAACUGGCAAACCGAUUUCAUUUUUCCGUUGUACCAACAAGUUGGACCAAGGACCUCAAAUGAGACUUGUGGUGGACCGCCAGGUUAUAAGCGGGAAGGCUUUCUUGCUGUACAGCACGCCGUCAACAUGGCCGUCAUAAAGGUCGCAGAGGGAGGCAACUCUCCCAACAUGACUCCUUACGCCGAUAUGUCACUGAUACGACACCCUUACCCCGCAUACAACGCCGACAACUUCAUCUUGGUGAUUCAGCAGCAGUUCCCUCUCAUCCUCAUGCUAAGCUUUGUCCUAGUGGCCCUCAACAUCGUAAAAGAUGUGGUGCACGAGAAGGAAAGAAAACUCAAGGAAUCUAUGAAAAUGAUGGGUCUCAACAACUGGCUUCAUUGGGCUGCAUGGUUCGUGAAGUACCUUCUCUUUUUGUGCAUCACUGUGGCGGUCAUGACCUUGUUUCUGUGCGUUGGGACAGCUAAGGGGCCAGUAAUAGGCAAGACGGACCCUUCUGUGGUCUUCGUAUACCUCCUAGUGUACUCCGUGUCCACCAUCUCGUUCUGCUUUGCUGUAAGCGUCUUCUUCAGUAAAGCCAACUCUGGCGCUGCUGCGGGUGGGAUACUGUUCUUCGUGACAUACAUCCCCUACUUCUUUAUCCAGCCCCGUUAUGCGACCUUUACCUGGGGUCAGAAGCUGGUUUCCAGCCUCGUGUCCAACGUCGCCAUGGCGUACGGAGGCCAGAUUAUAGGCAUGUUUGAAGGAACAGGCGAGGGUGUUCAGUGGAGCAACAUUCGACGAGGGGCGUCUAUAGAUGAUAAUUUCUCGUUGUUCAAUGUCAUAAUGAUGAUGCUGGCGGACGCCGUACUUUACGGAAUGAUUACGUGGUAUGUGGAGGCCGUGUUUCCAGGAGAAUUCGGCGUUCCACAGAAAUGGUACUUCCCGUUCACUUGCUCGUAUUGGUGCGGCACGAAUUCAGAUGAGUUUGUGCCCGAAGAUAGGGGAAUAUCAAUUGGGCAGGAACCGGAGUACUUUGAGGCAGACCCAGAAGGCAAAAAGGCAGGAAUAGCGAUCCGCAAUCUCCGAAAGGAAUUUAAAAACGGAGGCAAAAAGAAGGUGGCUGUUUGUGGUAUGACCUUGGACAUGUAUGAAGGUCACAUAACAGCGCUUCUCGGUCACAAUGGAGCCGGAAAGACAACCACCAUGUCUAUGCUGACCGGUUUCAUUCCCACAAGUAAUGGUACAGCCCGAGUGAAUGGGUUCGACAUAAGACAAGACAUUGCUAACGUUCGCAGCAGCCUGGGUCUGUGUCCUCAGCACGACGUUCUUUUUGACACCCUCACUGUAGAAGAGCAUCUGACAUUUUUUGCUAGGUUGAAGGGCUAUUCCGGGCACGAUUUGGAAGAGGAAAUUAACCACAUGCUUCGCACAAUCAAUCUUGAGGACAAGCGACACGCUCAGGCGAUGGCACUGUCAGGAGGUAUGAAACGGAAGCUUUCAGUUGCCAUAGCACUGAUUGGAGGAUCGAAGGUUGUUAUCCUAGAUGAACCUUCAUCUGGCAUGGAUCCAGAAGCCCGCAGACAGCUUUGGAAUAUCCUGCAGCAGAAUAAAGCCGGUCGCACAAUGGUUUUGUCCACGCACUUUAUGGACGAGGCAGAUCACCUGGGCGACAGGAUUGCAAUUAUGGCAGAAGGCGUUGUUAAAUGUUGUGGAAGUUCUAAAUUUCUGAAAAACAAAUACGGUGCUGGGUACCACAUGAUCAUUGUAAAGACAGACAAUUGUGACGUAAAUUUUAUAACGCAACGUAUUAAGCAUCACGUGCCGGAGGCAAAACUGGAGAAUAACGUCGCUGCCGAGCUCUCGUUCAUUCUGCCAAAGGAAAGGUCCUCGGCUUUCGAGAAAAUGUUUACGGAGUUCGACAGCAGACUAGGGGAAAUGGGAAUUCAGAGCUACGGCAUCUCUGUUACAACCAUGGAAGAAGUGUUUUUGAGGGUAGGGGAACAAUCCGUCAAAAGUUCCGGUGAUAGGUCAAUUUCGCUUAGCGAUGUUCAGGACUUGUCAGUGUUCCCCGCAAAUGGCGUUACUAAUGCUGCGAAGAGUAAGCAUGGAAACAUACAAGAUGCACCUCACGGCUCCGAUAACAAGUACCACCGCAGCGCCAGUUUUACGGAAAAACUACAACGCAAUAAUGGCAUUCGUCUCUACAUGCAACAAUUCUACGCCAUGUUCAUAAAACGCCUAACGCACACUUUUCGGAAUUUGAUAGUAACCAGCACCCAGCUGGGCGUACCUCUGUUUUUCACAAUUGCUGGUCUCAUUGUGAUCCAGACUUUCCCAGGGCCACAUGACCAGCCUGCUCUUUCACUUUCAAUCGAGACUUUGGGAGAUAACGUAGUUGUUUAUGCUCUCGUCAACAAAAGUGUUGCAAAUGUGGAUCAAUUCGGGAAUGCGUACAGGGAUCAGUUCAACAAGAGCCAAAGAACUGUCGUAACACUUGUUAACGAUGAUAAAGGAUUCAAGAAUAAUCCUGAUAUGACUGAGUUCUUGCUGAAUCAAGCUAGGAAUGGUAUAGGCGGCUACAAUAUAAAAUACCUUGUUGCUGCGGCCAUUGAAAGCACGGAAGAUUCCGUUUUACAGGUCAAAAGCUUUUUCAACAACCAAGCCUUUCAUACCCCUGGCGUUAGCUUAGCUAUGGUUGGAAAUGCGUUGCUCAGAUACGUGAUGAACAGCAGUGACUAUUCACUGGGUGUCAUAAAUCAUCCUUUACCUAGAACAGCCAGCGACAAAUUUAGAGAUGAGAGUACGUCGGAAACAACUGGGUUCACACUUGCAUUUAACAUAGUAUUCGGAAUGUCAUUUCUUGCCAGUAGUUUUUCAUUAUUUCUUAUCAAAGAAAGGGCCACUAAGGCCAAGCAUCUGCAAUUUACCAGUGGUGUUCGAGUUUUCACGUUUUGGUCAGCGACAUUUUGUUGGGACAUAUUGAAUUAUUUGAUGACAGCAAUUGCCCUUUUGAUAACAAUUUGGGCUUUCCAAGUAGACGCCUUUAUAGCGGGACACAACAUGGCCCACAUCGCUCUACUUUUCUUUCUGUAUGGAUGUGCAUUGUUGCCGUUCAUGUACCUGUGUUCAUUCUUGUUCAACGUUCCAGCUAGCGGAUACGUGUGGUUGACAAUGUUCAACAUUCUUUCAGGUGUAGCUACGAUACUUGCAGUUGGUAUUUUAAGUAUACCACAGUUAGAUCUAUUGGAUCUUGCGCAUGCCUUGGAGUGGGUAUUCCUCGUUCUGUUACCAAACUACUGCCUCGGCCAAGGCAUUGAAGAUUACUAUCAAAACUACAAGCUUGGGCUCAUCUACGAGGAGUAUUGCGUUAAGGAUAAAAUUAAGGAUUUUUGCGAGAAAAUACCAAACCCGUGUUGCAUAGAAUCAGGGAACUGUGGAAAUUCAUCAACCUGUAUUGAAUACAACCCCAAUCCGCUUGGCUGGAAGGCGAACGGAAUAGGCAGAAUGUUGACGUUUCUAUGCAUUCAGUUCGUGUUCUAUUACGGGGUCCUUCUUCUGAUGGAAUCUAACAUUGUCCAAAGCGUCAUUCAGAAGAUUAGAAAACGAACAAAGCCACUGGACGAGUAUAUUGUUACACACGAUGUCGUCCGAGAAGAUAAUGACGUUGCUAAAGAACGAAGUCGAAUCGCAAAUAAUACAAUCACGUCUUUAUGUAGAUCGGAUAAGCUAAUUCUGUCAGAGCUUUCUAAAUGUUACAACAAUCACGUCGCAGUUAAUCAAAUCAGCAUUGGAAUACCCGAAGGAGAAUGCUUUGGGUUGCUUGGUGUCAACGGGGCAGGAAAGACAAGCACUUUCAAGAUGCUAACUGGGGACGAAACUCUCACGUCCGGGGCUGCGUUCUUGAAUGGUUACGAUGUAUCAACAAAUAUUGCAGAAGUUCGGCAGUACCUCGGUUAUUGUCCACAAUUUGACGCUUUGAUAGACCAAAUGACUGGACGAGAGACGUUGUUCAUGUACGCUAGACUGAGAGGAAUUAAGGACAUACCCGCUCUUGUUGAGGAUCUUUUAGAUGCCUUACUUCUAACGCAAUACGCUGAUAAAUAUGUUCAAACUUACAGCGGUGGCAAUAAGCGGAAGCUUAGUACGGCUAUAGCUCUGAUAGGGAACCCGCCAGUAGUGUUCUUGGAUGAGCCAACGACUGGCAUGGACCCUAAUGCACGUCGAUAUCUUUGGGACACUCUGUGUAGGAUCAGAGCUUCUGGAAGGACGCUUAUUCUCACAUCGCAUAGCAUGGAAGAAUGCGAGGCGCUAUGCACAAGAAUUGCGAUCAUGGUCAACGGUCAGUUCAAAUGUCUCGGAAGUCCUCAACACCUGAAGAACAAGUUUAGUGAAGGGUACAUUCUGUAUGCGACAAUAGGGACCCCUGUGGAUGGCUCACUGCCUGACACAAAAGAUCUCCAGAACUUUAUUGAGCAACAAUUUCCAGGAUGCCUCUUGAAAGAUGUAGACAGGAGGAUGGUCCAUUAUCACAUCACAGAUACAUCCAUGACACUUGCCAGAAUAUUUGGAACAAUGGAGACAGCAAUAAAGCAUUUCAACAUCGAGGAUUACUCCGUUAGUCAAACCACACUUGAGCAAGUUUUUAUUAACCUUGCCAAGUCUCAGGUACAACCUAGUGAAAUACGUUCGGGUUGUUGCGCAGGUUGUUAUUUGGGACGCAUGUUGUCAAGCUGUUGCCAUGGCAAAAGCGCUUCGCAAGAAUACAUACGACACGACAGUAAUGCGUCGUCGGCACAGAACAUUCACCUUUGAAUAUUAACAACGACUUGUGCAUUUUAUUGCAUUCAAAAGAAACGAAAGCUAUGAACAUAGGAUUUAUCGUGAAUAUUGAAUCAUGGUUACUUAUUAUCAUCAUAUUGCUUUCGUUUUUUGAUGAAAAUUUAUUGACUCGUCAAAUCGUUCACAAUAACCAUUUUUGCAUCGUUUGUUUCAUGAUAAAACACUUUGCAUCAUGUAAAUUGUAAUUACUGUCUCGCAAUGUCCAGUAUUGUCUUGACAUUUUUCGUACACUUACAAAGAAUGUUUGUGUUUGCAUAUUGUCUGUUGUAAUCGCUUUUGUGAUACUUUUAAUGUUUUUUGUUAUUUUCAUGUAGUUUUACGUAUUAAAAGAUCGAAUGCUACAAUUGAAGAUGAGAAGUAUACUAAUUAUUAACAUGAAAAUAUUUUCAAAUAUAAAACAAUCUCCCAAAUAUUUCAUAAUUCUCAAGUGUAUGUAAUAUGCGUAGAAAGGGGAUGUAAACCUAAAUGUUUCCUUACUUUGUGUUACAAAUGUAAAAAAAAUCUAGAGAAAGAAAAGCAUGGCUAUGUGUUUUGCAUACAAGAAUAUUAACUUAUUAAGACAUAAAUGCGACACAAAUUAAUUGGAACACAUUGAACCAUGUAUCUGAAUUUAUUGCCUCUUCAUUUACUUACCUUUUUAUUUUAAUAUAUUUAUUUCCCUUAUCUUUCUGUUAUUGAAUGAACAUACUUGGUCGCAAUUACAUUGAUACCGAUGUGGUUUAAUAGACGAUAGUUUAUUGACCUAGUCACAAGAAUUGUUUUGUAUUUUUACUUUUAGCUCGCAUUCCAAAAUUACAUGUUUUUCCUUUUUUACAAUAGUUUUAUCUUUAUAUAUAUUGUUUUACUAUUUACUUUAAAAAUACUUAAGACAAAU